AUGAACUCCUCAAUCCUUCAACUCGGCGGUCCAGGUUUUGAGGAAUUUGUCAUCAGAAAUUGUGUCAUCGUCCUUUUUGGGUUCACCAUCAUCUGCAUCAAUGGAACAUUUAUUUUUACAUUCUUCAAGAGUCCAGUUUUUUAUCGAGAUCCAAGAUAUAUUUUGUAUGUACACUUGAUUGUGAAUGAUAUGCUUAUGGUUGGUGUCACAGUGACACUAUAUGUAAUGUCAUUUGCAUGUCAAAAUGUAAACAUCUUAUUCUGUUGUAUACUACUUAUCAUAGCCUCAACAACUCACAAGAACACUCCAUUGAACUUGGCCGGCAUGGCAGUAGAGCGCUACAUUGCCAUCUGCAAACCUCUUCAUCACCCUCACAUCUGCACAGUGCACAGAACCUACAUCCUUAUCUGUCUGAUAUGGGGAGUUGGAUGUAUCCCUGGACUGGUAGACUUGGUUAUUGCCAUUAUCAUUCGCCCUUUUUCCAUUUUUAACACUGUUACUUACUGUGCUUCAGCAUUUCUCUACAGCUCUGUUUACCAUGAGGAUAAGAACAAAGCUGUACAGGGCAUUUAUAUGUCGUUUGUAUGGGUAAUUAUUGUUUUCACGUAUUGCAGGGUGCUGCUCACAGCUAGAAAGAUGUCACCUGACAAAGUGUCUGCUAAAAAAGCUCAGAGCACAAUCAUGUUGCAUGCAGUGCAGCUAUUGCUUUGUAUGUUGUCCUACGCCACUCCUGUGCUGGACAUAAUUCUUGUCCUUAUUUUGCCUGCUCAUCGAAAAAAUAUUAUUUUCUUCAAUUACUUGCUAACAAACAUUCUCCCACGGCUGCUGAGCCCCCUAAUAUAUGGCGUUCGAGAUCAGGUGUUCGUCAAACACAUGAGAAAAUAUUUCUUAAGAAGAAUUUUAAUUGUAAAAAUUGAAUCAGGCAAGUAA